UCUGUCAAACAACCAUUUUGAAGUAUCAUUCCCGACUGUUGUCAUUGUGGACUCUUGUUUUAAAUUGCAAUAUUUAAGAGAAAACCAUGGGUUUAGCUACUGUUAUUGAAAGCGAAGCACAUUUCCAAACGGAAAUGGCCAAUGCUGGCACCAAACUCGUCGUAGUGGACUUCACAGCGACUUGGUGUCCGCCAUGCCAACGGAUCGCGCCGUUCUUCGAGCAGCUGCCGGCGAAGUUCCCCAGGGCUGUGUUCCUGAAGGUGGACGUGGGGCGGUGCGCGGAGACGGCCAGCGCGCAAGGCAUCAGUGCGAUGCCGACAUUCAUUUUCUACAGAAACCGAACCAGGAUUGACCAGCUACAGGGCGCUGACCCUGCAUCACUUGAGACUAAAGUUAGACAAUAUUAUGGUACUGAUGAAGCUGGAGAUGAGGACAACACCGUUGCUGGUCAUAUGGACCUGGCAACAUUCAUAACUAAGAGUGAGUGUGAAUGCCUGAAUGAAGCCGACAACCACCCCAUGGCUCACUGCCUCACCAGCGCGGGAGGGUACCUUGCUAGCGACUGCGAUGAGCAGCUCAUCAUCAAUAUUAGUUUCAACCAGCUGGUGAAGCUACACUCAUUAAAAAUCAAAGCUCCCGGUGACAAGGGGCCCAAGAAUGUCAAAAUAUUCAUCAACCAGCCAAGAACACUUGACUUCGACCAGGCUGCUGGCAACAUGUCCGUGCAGGAUGUUGAAUUUACACCAAGUGACCUUGAAGGCAACCCUGUACCACUGAAGUUUGUGAAAUUCCAAAGUGUUCAGAACAUUCAACUAUUUAUCAAAGACAACCAGUCUGGUGGGGAAGUCACGCAAAUUGAUCACCUGGCCUUCUAUGGAUCACCCAUUUCUACCACUAACAUGGGAGAGUUCAAGCGGGUAGCGGGGAAAAAGGGAGAAAGCCACUAGCAUAAUUCUCUUUAUGGAAGAUAGUUCAGUGUUACUGUGUUCAGUAAAUUCUAAUUCAAGUGGCUUGGUGCAGGAACCAUUGUUCCUUCAUUAGAGUAUAUUGGCAACUAUGUACGUAAUAAAACAUCGCAUUUAUUCAUCAAACUCAUAUCACAUUAUCAUCAAUGAAAUGAAACAAAUCUGAACUAUUUUCUAUGAAAUGACGGGAUUCAUUUCUCAAACUGUGUCAAAUAGUAGAUGUGAAUUUUCUAAUAUAUUAUUAUUAUAUAUUCUCGCCACAUAUUUAUAAAAUAUGGUGUAACACUCAUAAUUAAUUAUUGUUUUUAAGUGUAAAGGUCAUUCCAGGGCCACAGUUUGUUAAAUGGGGAUUCAGAAUUAUCAGGAAUUUGUAUAUUCAAUAAAUAAACAUACACAAGUGUA